AUGUUCUCUAAAGUUUUUGCUUUGAGCGCUGUGUUGGCAGUGGCUGCAGCGGGUCUCUUGCCAGAACCUCAUUAUUCAUCAGCAGGUGCUGUUUCAUCGCAAAGCAUUGUUCGUCAUGAACAGAACCAUGCUGCUGCCCCAAUUGCGUACCACGCUGCACCUGUAGCAUAUCAAGCUUCUCCCGUACACUACUCAUCGGCCGCCGCCGUAUCAUCACAAAGCAUACAGCGUCACGACCAGCACAAUGGUGGUGCUCAAACUAUACAUUACGCUGCUGCACCUGUAGCUCACUACUCUGCUGCACCAGUAGCUCACUACGCUGCUGCACCAGUAGCUCAUUAUGCUACUGCCCCCGUUGCUCACUACGCUACUCAAGCACACAAGAUCGUAUCUGCCCAUGAGGAGGAAUACGCUCACCCCAAAUACGACUUCUCAUACUCCGUAGCUGACGGACACACUGGUGACAACAAGUCUCAACACGAGAGCCGCGACGGUGAUGCCGUGCACGGCGAGUACUCUCUGCUCGAAGCUGACGGCUCUGUGCGCACAGUUCAGUACACCGCUGACGCACACAACGGUUUCAACGCCGUGGUCAGCAACUCCGCACCUUCCCACCACGCUGCGCCCGCUCAGGGACAUAUUCUAGCCCAUCACUAAUAAUUAUCGACUUAUUGUUUAUUUAUUUAUUACAAAAACAUAAUCGUCAUUAUUGAAUAAAAAGGUAAAUACGA